AUAACACCCCGCGCUCGCUCGGCCGCCUUCCUUUUUCCGCCAUAUUGCUGCACUGGUGAGUAGCGGGCGAUGGCCGUUCCUGGGUGGCAUCCGUCGUAUAUCGAACCCAUCCUGUCUCCUUGGGCCCCUGCCGACCCGGUUCCUGGAAGCUGGGGCUCCGCUCGACCUGCGCAGCUUAUUUGGAGAUGACCGCGCUUCUCCUGGGCCUCGCGGCGGCCGCCUAAACGGAGCGGGGGGGGGGAAGAGCGGUUGGGAGAGGAAUGCCUUGGUCUGGGGCUUUGAGUGAAGGAAGGGCUGGGCUGGCGGGCUGUGCCUGACUGGGGAGGCCUUGACCAGCGGGCAGGCAGAAGGUGCCUUGCUGGACGAAGAACGCCGGGCACGGCUGCGUGUUCACGCGUUCGGGCUGCAACUUACUUUACAUGCGUGUAAGCCCCAGGGCACGUAGUGGAGCUUCCAUGUGCCUCAUGUGGUUGCAUUUUGCGUCCUCGCGAGACAUGGGCGCCUGCACCAGCUUGGGCGGGGGUGGCUUGCAGGCUGCUGCUAUAGAGAAGACCGACAUGGGUGGCAUUCAGCUCCGGGUCGCCCCUUAACAUCCCGGGAUCGCUGGAUGCUUCACUGGGGCAGCACAGUUUGGGGCCCUCAGCUUCUCAUGCAUCCCAGUUCCUGGAGCGGGUAGUUUGCCUUACCAAGUGCUUACAAUAGAACUCUUUACUUUGGGGGAUCGUUGGCUUCGGGAAAGUAUUGCACUCACGAGCUAGUGUUAAAACUUGUAAGUGGUGUGGGGACGACGACACAAAAGCCCAUCUCUUGUGGCAGUCUUACUGCAAAUAUAUCAGAGCAGUUGUGUUAAUAUUUCAAAGGGUUGCUGUGUUGGUCUGCAGCUGUAAAAACGAUGAGAAGUCUUGCUUGAUCACACCAAAGUUGUGAAGUCCAGUGUCCUGUUUCCCAGAGAUGCUUCUGGGAUGGUCACAAGCAGGUCUUGAGGGCAAUGGGCACUCCUCAUUUUGACUCCCCAGCAACUGGCAUUCAAUAGUGCCCCUGAACAUUGUUGCUCCCUGUCCUUAACAUGAAUAUAUGACUUUGUUCAAGGUGUCAAAAUAUGAUACUGUUUUAACCCAAAUUAAGGAAUCCUUGCAAUGUCUGUGUUUUUCUGGCUAAGGAAUAUAAUUCUUCAGGGCUUUGCUUGGACUAGAACCCCAGAGACAGUAGAAGAAUUCUUUUAUGAAAAUACAAAGUAUAAUAUAUGCGUCCCUUUGAGUACAAAGGGACUCUCCUCUUCACCCCCAUGUAGUCAGGGCAACUACAUAAUCUGUUGAAGGUCUUUCUAGGGGGGAAAUGUGACUUAAAAAAGAAUGACAACACAGACUUUGAAGAUAUCCCCAAUCUAGUCUCUGUGUCUUGAUGCAGGGUAGCUUAAUGUAGUCCCAAUGAGUGCCUGAUAAUUGCACACAAAAAGCUAUUACAGUCUCCCAAAACCAUCUUGUUUCAUGCAUAAGCUGCUCUUAAAUUUUGAAGUGUUUGUGUGUGCUGCACUGGGGGGCAUGUGUGUAUGAACAGCACUGGGCAAAUACUCUCCUGAUUGCAAGUCCUAAGUAAGAAUAGCCUUCAGAGCAUCCAAACUGGGCAGUUCUUAUGAAUUGGAUAAUACAUGCCAUUAGAAAGUGUGUUUUGAUUACUCUUUUAAUUAGCUCCCUAUGUUUUGUGCUGCUUCCAACAUCCCGACGCAAUCCAGUGAGCCACCAUUUGAAGAAAGGAAACUGAUACAUGUUAGCAAUUAGGCUUAUCAUUUAAAUUUGUGUAUUUUAUCCAUGCAGGCAUCAUGGUGCGCAUGAACGUUCUGGCAGAUGCUCUAAAAAGCAUCAACAAUGCUGAGAAGCGUGGAAAACGUCAAGUACUCAUCAGACCAUGCUCGAAAGUUAUCGUCCGGUUCUUAACUGUGAUGAUGAAGCAUGGUAAGUCCACAGAAUAUACGUAAAACAGCCCAGGAAAGAUUCAGAUUUUUGGCCUUUUAAACUCCAGUAUCACCUUGGCUGGGAAAGCUGCCAGUGAAUAUAUUAUAUUCAAAGUUAGAUGUGGGUAUAGGUUGAAACUGGGCUUAAUUACUUAAAAGUUCUUUUUGAAGAUGACUGUGGUUGAAGCAGUGUACUUGGGGUUGGGGGCAGUGAAAAUGGUCAGCUCACCAUAAGCCAAGUAACUUGCUCCUUCAGAUGGUACAGUGCUAGUAUUUUAAAUUAUUUAUCACACCUGUGCUUCGUCCUUCCUCCAGAGGGUUCAGGGACCAUCCAUUUUUGUUCUCAUCAUUAGUUGAUUGUUUAGCCAAGAAGGCUCUGUCCUUAGAUGUACAUACUCUGUAAAACAAAACAAGCAGCAAUACAGUGGUACCUCGUGUUACGUACCAUCCCCCUUACGAAUGCUGCGGGUUAUGCACUCCGCUAACCCAGAAGUCGAUGCCCCUUGUUGCGACCUUUGCUCCGGGAUGUGAGCGGAGGUUGCGCUCCGGCGGCGCGGCAGCAGCGGGAGGUGCCAUUAAAGAAAGUGCGCCUCAUGUUAUGAGCAGUUUCCUGUUAUGAACAGACCUCCGGAACAGAUUAAGUAUGUAACGCGAGGUACCACUGUACUAAAUGAAAUAGCGAAGUAUGCUGAUAUAUAUGAUAGCGUGCACAAUAGCCUGAAAAACCUAUGGUAAUCCUUGUAUUAACAUGCAGUAUUCAAUUUUAUAAAAUUGCUUCCAGUUUUGUUUUUGCAAAUUGAAUCACUUUGAAUGCCACAGGCUGUGUGAAAUAGUAACUUGCCAAAUGCAAGCCAAGUCUCCAUGGCACAGCAAGAAUUUGUACCCCUGCAAUCCUAGUUCUAGUCAAAUAGUAUCUGCUAUGCCAUACUGGCUCAUAUAUCCCACCCUCAUAGUCAAGCAGUUCAGUUAACGGGGAGGAAUGGGUUGCGUUAGUUCUAUUUCAAUGGUGCAAAGGUUUGAAUAUGCUGAGUGCUUUUCUUUGGUUCACAGGUUACAUAGGUGAAUUUGAGAUCAUUGACGAUCACAGAGCUGGGAAGAUUGUCGUUAAUCUCACAGGCAGACUCAACAAGGUAGGACCUGACUUCCAUUUAAGCCCCACUGGACUUAAUGCCAGAAUUACAUCUUGGAAGAUACACUUGUUGGGUGCAUCUAAGUUCACCUCACUUCACAGGAAAAUUCACCCUUUGUGGGUUGGAAUAAAGGGAAGGUGGGUUAUGUAUUUAGGCAAAAAUUCCUUUAGUCCUAGGGCCAGUUCAGACAAUGUGUUUUGUUCCUAUAAUUGUAUGCCUGACCAAAUGGGAACUUUUGGUAUAAGCAAAUGGCUUUAAGAGGUCCUUGAUGGGAAUGGCUUGAAAAGAAGCAGCUGUGAAUCCUGGAGGUUUAAGGAAUAUCAUUUAAAGGUCCUCUGGUCCUUUGAAUGUUCUACAACAGCCGCUGUGCUGGUUCACUUGAGUUGACAACAUUGUGCCUUAAAACUGGCAAAUCGGAAGACAUCUACUCUGCUUGUCUUAAAAACCCUUGGAGAACAGCCUUUAGGGUGCCACCUAAGCGCCUGUCAUCAAUGGAUCCUCUUUCUCCUUGACCUCUUUGAAAUCAGUCUUGGGAAGCCUCUUCCGAUCGACCUAUGGUUCCUGGUUCACUUUCUGGCAUCUCUGGGUGCAGUUGGCAAGGGCUCCUUGCCUGAAACUCUAGAGAGCUGGUGCUAGUCAGUGGAGGGACUUUUGAACUCCUUGAACCCAGACAUCUGAUAAAGGCAGAUUCUUAUUUUACUAUUUGUAUAAUUUUGUUUCUAACUUGAUUUCUAUGUUAUUGAAUUGAGAUGUGCAUUUAUGCAUUCACAUGAUUCUUGGGCUUUUAUUUUCUCAGUUUUUAGUUUUUCCUGAGAUUGGAGUUUAUUUUCUUCUUCUUACCUAGCACUGUGACUGCUUGGACAAAUGUUCAUAGGCCCAGAACUGAAAAUAGCUGGUAAACUGAUAUAUUCAGAUCUGUUAGGGCAUAGCAGCUUACAGCUGCACCUUUGAAAUUAGUUGUAUUUAUAUUUUCUUCUCCAUGCCACUUUUAGAUACCAAAUUUUAAAUGUGUGUGUUGUGUUCUGGAUAUUGCAAGUUUUAAGAGUAUUGUUACAGGGCUGUAUAUAUUGUUAUACUCUUAAAAGAGUAUUGUGAUAGUUUUCCAAAUAUGUUUUUUCUUUCUUUGUGUUUGACUUGAUUGUUACAGUUACAGGCUGAUAUUACAAAUUCAGGAUGAAACUAUAACUAUUCAUACCCAAGUUCUGAAUCAUUUCUUACUGAAAAGUUUAAGUUAGCUGUGCUGGCUCAUAGGAGACAUUACAAAACCAUGGUUAGAACAGAAUAUCACAAAAUUGUAUGUGUGCUUUUGAGGCCUCCAGAGCCUGUCUUCUUUCCUGUUGAAAUAAAUGAUUUCAAAUUUCUUAUUAGAAGUAAUAAGAAAAAUGGCGGUAGCUGUUUGACUUCAUUUAGAAAAUUCACAAGACCUUCAUUGGGACCAACUGAAAAUCACAAAAUAGGCAAAAUAAAGCAGAAAUGGAGUAGCCCUAUGCCAGCAACAUUUUCCUCUUCCCACCUUCUCCUUUUUUGCUUUCUUUAACAUCUUGUCAGAGGAAGAAUUUGGUCCCACAGAACUCAAAAGUGCACCAUUUUUGUGACUUGUCAGUUGGUCCUAAUGCAAGCACAACACAACUUCAGUAAUCAAGUGGAAAGCUAUAGUGGGGCAGGAGAGCUGAAAAUAAUGAUAAUAUUCACAUCUGGCAACCAAUGCAGCCCUCUGGUUUCAGAUAGUACAUGGGUAGACAAGUCGGAAAAGCCUGGGAAACAAAUUUUCACAGUCCUCUAGCAGCUAUGGUGGCUCAUUUAACAUAAGUAAUGUAUUUAGUGUUAACUCUACAGUGGUACCUCAGGUUACGAACUUAAUUCAUUCCGGAGGUCCAUUCUUAACCUGAAACUGUUCUUAACCUGAGGCUCAUGGGGCCUGCUGCGCUGCUAGUGUGCAAUUUCCAUUUUCAUCCUGGGGCAGAGUUCUCAACCCAAGGUACUACUUCCGUGUUAGCAGAGCUUGUAACCCGAAGCGUUUGUAACCCGAAGUGUUUGUAACCUGAGGUACCACUGUACUAUAUUCUGACCAAACUAAGCCUCAUAGGAUGCGGCUGUCUGGCCCUUGCUGCUAGUACAGCAGCCAAACAUCUCCCUUCCAUCCUCCUCAAAUUUGGCAAUAGGGAGAAGGCAAAAUCACUUCUUAGCUGCCGCAACAGUCCUUGCCCAUCUCUUCUGCUUCAAAAGUUGGGAAGAAGGCUAGUUGCUUGUCACACUCCACAGAAGGCAAUUUGCAUAUAAUACGAACCCUAGUGUAGUUGAAGACUGGCAUGCACCUCUGCCUCUUGGCAGAAAGGUUGGCAUUUCUGUCAGCCCUGUCAAAGCAGCAUAAUGCCAAGGUUUCUGUUGUGCCCUGCAGCUUGUGACAAAGCCAGUGUUUGCAUUUGACAUGUGCUUGUUCAACUCCUGUACGUUGGUGUGAGGCAGCACUUCAAUUUAUUUAUUUUGUUAUCUGUAUUUAUAAUCCACCCUUCGCCAAGUGGUUGCUGGGUGGGCUGCAAAAUAUAACAAUUAAGAACAGUCUGUAAUUAAAAUCGUAAAAUAAAACACAGUUAUCAGAAUAACAAAAGUAGCACAGAACUGCAGCACACAGCAGAGUAGGAGGAGGGAAGAUAUGCACUCAUCCAAAGGCCUAGGUAAAGAAAUGUGUCUCAGUCUAUCAUCAAAAUGCAUUGUUCCGUGAACCGCCCUGAGACCUUCAGGUAUAGGGCGGUAUAUAAAUUUAAUUGAUGAUGGUGAUGGUGAUAAUGUUCACAAUAUGGGCUUCAGAAGGGAGGUCAUUUCAUUAGCUGGGGGCCACCACAGAGAAGAGCCUUUUGCCACCAUCACCCCUCGGCCAUCUAUGCUGCCUUCCAUCAUGCAACUCAGAUGUGUUCUAGGGAGGGUUCCCAGUUUGUCUCCCAUUCAGACACUGCUUAACUCAAGCAAGAUGGUUUCAUCCUGUUCCUAACUGACAGUGCCAUCUGGAUCCUGUUCAGGAUUGUUUGAACUGGCUAUAAAUCACAGCCCCUGAACCCACAAACAUUUCUUGUUGUUCCCAGGCACUUUUCCCUGGUUCUACUUCCUGUUGAAUUGGGUAGCACAGCUGUGUUCCAUCUAUCAAAUUUAUUGAAAAUACUUUAAUGCCACAUCCUUCAGUUCAAUGACUUCUGGUCUUUGCAAGUAAUACAUUAGAAAUAUGGUUAAGUCUUUUCCCCUUUGUUUGGCUUGAUAGUGUGGUGUGAUCAGCCCCAGAUUUGAUGUCCAACUGAAGGAUUUGGAAAAGUGGCAGAACAACCUGCUACCUUCACGUCAGUUUGGGUAAGUAUCAGCUAUGUAGAACUGGAUUGCCGAAGCUUGUGAUUAGGGCUGCUUCAUUGCUGUGAGUUUUGCCAUAGCUAUUGCUCCUUGGUGCUAGAUUCAUAUUGCAAGGUAAGCACACAUUGAAUAGCGUUGAGUCUAUUCAUCAUUUUGGAUCAGAAGCCAGAACUACUACUAGCACUUAACCUGCUAACUGGCACAUUAGCUAUUGCUUUCUGUAGAAUCAGUGGGUUGUAUGCAACUAAUUGUGCAAGGUUCCCGUCACUCUUCUCACCCAUAGCAGCUCUAGGAGUUCCCCCUAACCCUCUGGAGCAGAUUAUUUGUUAGGAAAGAGGGAGGAGAAGUUCCCUGGUGCUUAUGGAAGUUGUUUUGCAUGCACAGCGAUCUAGCUGGAUGCAAACCAGUAUGGUAGUGAUCUACAUAAGAAUCUAAUUGUAUACGUGUCAAGCAAUUUUGCAUUUAGUUUUUGUGGUAGUACAUUUUUCUAAUGCGCUGCCUGUUAAAGAUGAGGUUAAAUUCUUCUUUCUGCUUUUGCAAAUGGGUAAGAAAUCAAGCAUAAAGCAUAACAGGUAUUUUCCUCACCCUUUUAAUAGGUACAUUGUGCUGACAACUUCAGCCGGCAUCAUGGACCACGAGGAAGCUAGGCGAAAACACACAGGAGGAAAAAUCCUGGGAUUCUUUUUCUAAACUUGUAAAAACAGGCAAACUAAUAAAUUGUUCAAAUAGACUCUUUUCAGCUUGCAUGUUAAAGUCAAUCCUUGUUCCAUCGCCCUAGUGUAUAAUGCUAUUCAGGUAAUAGUAUAUUUUACAUUGUUGUGUAAAGUGAGCAACAGCCUCAGGUGCGGGCACCUUUGCUGGCUCAGGUUAUCUUCUCGGUCUUGCUGCUUUAUAUAGGAUAAACUGAACACAUAUGUCUAUGCACACAUAUAACUAUGCACCAGAAAUUAACAGAAGAGUAGUGUACAAUGCAGAAGUAAAUGUGAGACUUGGUUUCUAUAAAUUUGGGGCAGUUGCUGGUCUUAAUCCAUCAACAGCAGUUACAAGAGAGCAGGAUGUUACUAGUAAGGAGUGGAGCACAGAAGCACAUCAGCAGUCAUUAUUGUAUGCUGAGCAAUUGCUUAUGUGCACACUGGCAGAUGGUUUUCUGUAUGGACCUGUAGUCAUUGGCAUUAAUGCAGUGCUCAAAAGAUGAGGGCUUUGACCAGAUGUAUAAAGGACAGGACAGGCAGGCUAAAGUAAUGAAAACCACAUACCUUGAGAGCAGUUCACACAGUGACCUGUAGUGCAGACUGUAGGUUUAUGGGAUGCAUAUGUGAAUCUUGGGGCUUAGGCAUAUUUUGCUUCCACCCUCAAAUAGUGGGAGAGACGCUUAAAAUUCCCUGUUCAUGCUUACAGAAGUUUCAAAACGGAUAAAAGAAUUUAAAUAAGAAACUUAAUAUAUUUUACAUAAGAAACCAACUGUUUAAAUCUGAAAGGGCAGGAGAGUUUCUCCAGUUUAGUGGCCCCAUGUAGGUUGGAUGUACUCUCACUAAUCAAUAACUUCGGAAGCACUGUGUUGUGGUGGAUAACGAAAUUAAGCAAAUCUUCCCUUUGUGUUGUAUAGAGGCAAAUUCAUUAAGUCUUAAAAAGUAAUCCUAUGGGGGUUUUCUGAAUAGCUGACAGCCAUUCAGACAACUAGCCUUGUCUUCGCUUUGGACAUUUGCAGCUUCCCGUUUUUCAGGGAACCUUAUUUUGUACAUGCAUGAUCAGCAGCGAAGACACUGUGUGCUUGCAGAACGUUGGUAAACUGAAGUCAUCCCCCAUCCUUUUCCCCAUUUCUUCCCAUUUUUUAAAAGGGUUGGAUUUUGUUGGCCAGCCAAGGACUCCCAGAUCUCAUUCAUUUGAUGCAUCCAUAUCACAGGACUUCAUGUUUAUCCGCCUCUAAUGAAUAUGGAAAGAAUUGUGCGGUUGGCCAAUUUUACAGUAGAGUUGCCAGUCAUGCCUAUUAUUGUUCCUUAUCACACUCCCUCUGCCUCUCCUAUGUUGGAACGCAGCCCACUACCUUCAGAGUAUCUUCUUGCCCUUGAGUCUUCAAGCUUUUGGAAAGCCUCUGGCUGGCUGCCCAUUCUCCUGGUCCCAUUCUCUCUUUCUGACUCCUAAAAACCCCCAACUGAUUAUCCGCCAGAAUUUCUUGCUUUGCAUCUAGGAGCAAAAAACCCAGAGUUCCACCUUAAACAGUGAGCAAAUGGAUUAUGGUGCAGUCAUUUGGGAACUAGGGCCCAGUCCAUCAGAUGCACAAAGCCUUUUAUGGUUUUAAUUCUGCGUUUUGCACUUCCCUGAAGCGUUUUAUUGUAGUGUGUGUGUCACUUAGAAGGCAAUUGAUAUCAGUUUUGUUAGAGAUGCUUAUUAGUACUGUCAUCAUUACUGGGAGGGCAGAGAGGCUAUCAAAAUUGAAAUGAUGUUAACAUAAGAAGAGACCUGCUGGAUGAGGGCAAUGGCCCAUUUAGUCCAGCAUCCUGUUGCUGCAAUGGCCAACCUGAUUUGUGCAGGAAACUCACAAGAUGGACCUGAGCAGAAGAAUACUACUACUGCAGUUUAGAGCAACUGUGGCUCCUAGAAGCUGUCUGCGUGUGACAGCAGCCAUGGACCACAAAACAGCUUCAAAUGGAUGGUUAAACCAGGUGAGGGUAGCCGAUGGGUCUCAGUCCUUCCAUGAGUUAGGGACUUCCCCUGCAUGUGAAGGCAGACUGAUGGAUUGAGCAGAUGAGAUGAAUGGUAGAUCCAACGGUCAAAAAGGCAGUUUCUGCACAUGCUGUAGAGGGAAGUGAGGGGCAGAUGGGGCUUUGUCAACCUGGGAAGAAAAAGGAGAAGCAAACACUGAUCCUAAAGCCUUUAAGCUGUACUGAUUUUUGAGAAAGCCUUCAGCAGUAAACCCUGAGGAAAACUCCAUGCUGCCUUGUGAGACAUCUUUGGGAGAAGAUGUUUGUUGCUUGGUCCCAACCUUCCGUGCCUGACACAAAAGGAAAAUGGUUUGGAAGGGAGGAGGAAAUAAGCAAAACUCAGCCAUAUAAUAUUUAAGUGCACAAUUGAACAAAAAUAAAUUGUCAGAUUAACCUGGAAAUGGGAGAAGCCAAUUUAUGGGUGCACACAUUCAAAAAUGACAGACUAAUUUGCCUGUCCCUACACUGAAUCGCUAAUAAAUUUCCUUUCUCAAAUAUAUACUUCAUGUGAGCUUUUAAUUAAAUGACUCUACUCCAUUUUGAUUAGACUUGUCCAGAGAGAUAAAUCAUUCACCAAAGUAUUUGCCCUGAAAGAGUUUGCUCAUUUGCCCUGAAUUCUGUACCUACUACAGAAAAUCCCUGUCUGUUCCCCCUCUCCUUUAAAAUCAUUCUCUUAAUUGAACUCCUGGCUGUUAAAUUACUGGUGACUGAAGACAUGGCCCAUAAUUUAAAUUUUCUUUAUGCUUGCAUCAGUAAAAGGACUGGUGUGCCUUACUUCUUCAUGGAAUUCUUGUGUUGAAAAUGCAUAAAAUGGAAAACAAGUGAGUUAAUGAGUUAAUAUGUGCCUUCUACUCAGAAGCAAGUCCCAUAGAGCGCAUCAGGCCUCUCUAUUAUGCACCCUUAUUUAGGGUUGUGCAGUUUUAAGAACUAAACACGGAACCUUCCCUGGAGUUCAAAUGAGGUUUGGCAUUUCCAUUUUGUCUUUGGCACAGUUUAAUCUCCGCCUCUGUUCCUCAUUUAAGCAAGGCAUGGGAACGAGCAAAGGAAAGGCAAUAUGCAAAUAUUGCUGGCAUCAAAAAUGUCUUGAAAAUGCUAUCUUGCAAAUGAGCCAUGGUUUGGAAAUUGACAUCAAGUUAGGUGCAUUGAGCCUAUGGCUAUUUCUGAGUACCCUUGGAUGGAGCAGAGGACUGGCAAAUGCGCUUCUUUCUUGAAACACAGUACAAAGGGAAAAGGAGAUGCGCUAUCUCUUAUUCCAAAUGGCGGAAAUGGUAGAGGAAUGGAUCUAAAACCCAAAUGAAUUUGCAUUUUCCUCUCUUCUGCAUUUCAACAAGCAUGGAUAUUGAAGUUCAGCUCUUUAUUUUUCUGCAGUUGUACUGGAACGACCAAAAUUCUGAUCAGUAUCCCCCAAAAUGACUGAAAAUCAAAGUUGUUUGCAGAUGAGGGCUGAUCCACGAUUCAUUGUCUGCCAGUCCAUAGAGACUCCACCACAGCCCAGGUUGGGUAGGAUGCUUCAUGGACCAAAUAUGGCGCCAGUCCCUGGCACAUUGGGUUUUUUUUGUUUUUUUUUUAAAAUGCCAGUCCACCACAUCAAGUAGCUUGAGAAACAAUGACCUAAAAAUAUGACACAUGGGUCAGGAUUUUAAAAAUGAUUGAAAAAUAACGUGCAGGUCAGGAUCCUGAAAAAUAACUGAAAAUGUGGCAUGCGAGCUAGGAUUCUAGAAAAAAAUCACCAAAAAUUUGACCUGUAGGUGAGGAUUCCCUAAAAUGACUCAAAACAACAAUCACAGGAUAGGAUCACAGUUACCAAAAAAAUGAUCGAGAAGACAGGCAAAAACCACCUGAGUGCAUUUUGAGGGAGCUUAAGCCACGGAUCAUUUUAUCAGAUCCUGACUUGAAAAACUGGUGGUUUUUCAACUUUUUGAUCUGUGAGUCCUCAUGAAUUUCAGCAACUCAUCCAGCAGGUGGAGGAGGCUGGAGAGAAAACCGAAUUAGUUGGCAGUUCUUCUUACUGGCUUUGGAUCCAACUGAUUUUGGUCUCCCUGCCUUCUGGACCACCAGCCCAAAAGGGCACCAACUAUCAUUCAGCUUAAUCUCGUACUUCUGAAGAUGCCACAAGACACUUUUUGGAUUGGGCACUUUGAUUCAAGCCUGACUCUCCUCUAUACCAGCUCCCUCUUGCACCAGUCAGCCAUCAUGUGUGUUAGAUGAGCAUGAGCAAGUAGCUGGGUUUCUGGUAAGAUGGCAGAUAUGUAAGAACUGAGCUCUAAACUUCUAAGGAUCUCCUGGCCAGCAACCACUUUGUCUUUCUUGUGGGGUGGAAAGAGACAAGACUAGGUUGGCUGCCCUAAAUGCACUGGAGAGAAAGAGUAGAAAAAGAAUCUAUUUAAUAUCUUCCUCUUGUCAGUGGUGGACCUACAUUUUGGAGGCCCUGAAUCUCAGAACUGUCACGGGGGCCCUUUGCAACCAGCAACAAGGUAUUGGUAGCCACUGAUACAUUUUUCAAUGAGGUAGUUCCGUGACAGAUCACACCUUUACAACAUCUGUGUUACUGACUCUCAAGUUUGGGGAUGGUUGAAAUGUAUACAACAAAAAAUUAAUCACUCAACUCAGAUUUGCUCUACUAGACCCAACAUUUUAAAGCAAUGUCUAAAUUUGUUUGUGGGGCCGCUCUGGGAUUAGUUUCAUAGUAGAUCAUCCCUGACUCCCAUACAUUUUUUAAAUUUAUAGUUCUAUAACAGUGACAGUUUGUGGCUGGAGGAGAGGGAGGCUGGGCUAGGAUCUUUAACAUGAGGCUUCAGAGCUGAGCAGGGAGUCCCCAAUCUCACCUCUACCUCAGUACACUAACAUGGGCUUAACUUUUUGUGGCAGCCACCAGCAGCCCUAUUUAUUCCCUGCCGUUUGAAAAUCAUGUUUCUAUACUUGGUACUUGAAAGACGGUGAUCUCAGCCUCAAAAAGAAGGAUGAAAUGAAGAGACUUGUCAGUUUGAUUGAUAUGGGAGUAAUCUGUGUGGAAGUUUCCAUUUCAGCAGAGGGCACUCUUGGCUUAUAUAAUGCAUCCAAGGCAAGCAAAGACAUCAUCUUCCCUACCAGAGGUGACCUCAGAAGACUUUCCAGCUGCUUCCCUGGAUUCAGCAAUGUUGUGUCUUUGAAUCAAACCCACCAUUCAAUGGAAACAGCAACAAAGUAAUGCUACUGCAGAAUUAGAAUUCAAAUACUGAAAUCGCAGGGUUCCCAUGGUCUGCCUGGUGUUGGGUCUCUAGAUCACACUCUGUUAUCGUUCCCUUAAUUACACAUGUACGAGUGUACUUACAUUAUUCUUAUUAUUUUAUCAACAGCUUCCUAUGAAAUAUCUCAAUUAACUUCAACAAUACCAGGAAUAUAAAAAUGUUCAC